AUGUUGGCGCUUGUUGCAUCGAGUGCUGCCGGUCGUGAGGCUGCUGAGCAGCAUAACCAAGAGAACGGUGAGACGGAUGAGAGUAAGAAUCGAGUGGAAGAUAAUGAUUACAUCCGAACGGUGGUCGUCACAUCAUCAGAGCAUACGUACUUCAUGCAAAUGCCUGUAUGUUUAAUCUGUGGCAGUAUCGGUAAGGAUUCCGAGGGAACGAUGGUAGCUUGUGCGACGUGUGCACAGAACUAUCAUACCUACUGCGUCGGCCUUCAUGAUAAGCUGAAUUCAACGGUGGUGAAACGUGGUUGGCGUUGUUUGGACUGUACAGUGUGUGAAGGAUGUGGUGACGGUCGUGAU